AUGGCGGCCACGCCCGCUAUUGUUGAAAAGGAAGAAGAAGAGGAACAUCCGUUACAAACGGGAUGGUCACUGUGGUACGACAAGAAAAUGCCGAAGAAAAUUGAUGUUGGAACGUACCAGUCGAACUUACAGAAAAUUGCCACUUUCAGUACAGUGGAGGAUUUCUGGCGCCACUAUAUUCAUGUGAAGCGUCCAUCACAGCUGAGCCGAGAUCUGAACCUGUAUUUGUUCCGUGAUCAGUCCAACUGUGCCCCAAUGUGGGAGGCAUUUCCGCAGGGUGGUUGCUGGAUUCUAAAGAUUAAGAAAAAAGCCAAUGUGCUUGGAAAAAUGUGGCAGGAUCUGGUCUUUGCCGCUGUUGGUGAAGCUUUUGAGCAGCUUGAUGUCGUGGGCAUCGCCGUGGCCAUCCGCUCCAAGGAGGAUAUGCUGUCUGUCUGGAAUGCUGACAACUCGGAUGAUAGCACGCGCUUUGCCAUCGGCGAGAAGCUGAAGGAAAUUCUUAUGCUAGACUCCAAUACGCUGGUGGAGUACAAAUUCCACGCGAACUCGAUCCGGGACAUGUCGACCUUUCGUAACGCAAAGCCGUACGUCUUUGCUGCUGCGACGCCAGCCACAGCCAAUUAA